AUGGCGGCGGCCGGGGCCCCGGCGGAGCUGCGAGUGCUGCUGGUGCCCCGCUCGGAGCAGCCGCGGGGCGCGGCGCGGGUGCGGCUGAGCAGGGCCCGGCACGCCCUGGGCACCGUGCUGCUGGCCGGCGGCAUCCGCCUGGAGUCACUGGGGCCCGGCGGGGCCGGGCAGCGGGGCAGCGUGCUGCCGGGAGCCUGGGCUGACUUCCUGUGGGACAGCUCAGAAGAUGAUUGUUCCCAGUCCAACAAGACAAAGCUGCUGGCUCUUGCUCAAAGCCAUGACCUGUUUGUCUAUGAGUUCAACGUAGAAGAUGGAAAACACAACCCCAAUUCCCUGCACAGUUGUGAGGCAGAGACGCUGAAAAAGCUCCUUGAAGAUAAAAAUAUCAGUUUGCCUUCAAUUUCUUCUGUGAAGAUUCUGUCUUUUGGAAACAACAAGUGCAAACUUCUGCUCAACCAGUUUCUCCUGGUGCACCUGGCCUUUCCUGGGGAGGGCUCAGCCCCAGAGCCCUGUGGCUGCUUCCCCCUGGCCCUGCCUGCAGGAGCUGUGGGGAGGAUUGCAGACUCCCACUUCUGCAGGGGGAUCCUGUUCCUGUUGGACAGUGCUGGCUGGAUUUACGUGUUUGACUGCUGUGAUGGUGCCAGCCUGGGGAAGGUGGGUGUAGCCCUGGGGGCUGGGCAGGGGCAGGGCCCAGCCCCUGUGUCCCCCCUGGCUGCCCUGGCGGUGUCCCCUGACCUCAGCACGGCCGUGGUGACCAACAGCUGCCACUGGGCCCUGGCUGUGCAGCUCAACACCUACUUCAGACAGUUCCCUGAACAUUUGUUCUGUAAGAGAGAUCCUGAAAAUCUGCCAGUGAAGCCUGCAGAGGGGCUGGACGAGGAUGAGCUGGCCAGUUCUGAGCACAGCAUGGAGCUCCUGCCGCUGCCCUUCCGCACAGACAGGUCCUGGAAGGCACACCUGUCCUCACUGUGGGACAGAGUCAGGAGGAGAAGAACACCAGGCUCUCCACAUUUGGUGAACAACCUGAAUUUGCCUUGGUAUCAGUUUUUUACCCAUCUGGAAGAUCACGAUCCUGAAGUUUGUGAGGAUCCAGAGAGGAUGGUGGCCUUUGUCCCCCGGGCUGUCACUUGGGCGGCUUCCCCAGCACUCCAAGGGCAGCCUGGGGCUGCAGGACAGCAGUGGGCACAAAUCCCCGUGGGAGCAGCGCAGGACAUGGUGGGACUGGAGUGCAAGCUGGUGACUGGAGCCAAGGCUGUGUUUGUGGGGCAGGCACAGGACACGGGGCUGUCUGUGGCGCUCUGGGAUUUCGAGUCCCAGGGCGUGACGUGUUCCCACUUUGGCAGGAGCAGUGCCUAUGUGGAGUGCAGUGCAGAGCUGCCCCUGUGUCUGCUGCUGACAGAGCGUGGUCUGUCCCUGGUGCUGUUUGGGGUCACUCAGGAGGAGUUCCUGACCAGGCUGAUGAUGUUUGGCAGUGCUGGGGUCGUGGAUUCCCUGUGCCACCUCAAUGGCUGGGAGAGGUGCUCCAUUCCCAUCCAUGCCCUCGAGGCAGGUUUGGAGAAUCGCCAGCUGGACACGGUGGACUUGUUUUUGAAAAGCAAAGAAAGUGUUUUCAGUCUGUCUGCAGCCUGCCCUGGGGCUGCUGCCUCCCAGUCCUACCUGAGAAGUCUGGAGGAGCUCAGCCCAGCUCUGGACUUGCUGUGCUCAGCAAUCCAGGACAAUGAUAUGGAGCCCCACAGCAAACCCUUCUCUGAGCAGCUCCUGAACCUCGCCCUGGCUUUCCUCACCAAGCAGCUGGAGGAAAUCUUUGUGCACACAGAGGAGCCUGAUGAGUUCCUGCAGAAGGCUGCAGAUAUUUUAACUGAUUACAUCAUUAAGCUGAGGAAGUUCCUGAGGAGAUACCCUCACCCAGCAGUGACCCCAGGGCACGGACCUGAGCUGGAUGAGGACCUGCCUGAGAUAGAAGAGAGCCAAAAAUGGGAAAAACUGACUCCAGAGGAAGUCAUUGCUGAGGCCAUCCUAAGCAACAAAAUACCCGAGGCCCAGAUCUUCUUCAGAAGGCAGAAACACCCUGCUGAGAGUCUGCAGGAGUUUCUGCAGACAGGCUUGAGCCUGGUCUAUGACUGCCUGCUGAGGGGCAGCACCAGGGAGGCCUCAGAGCUGCUGAGGAACAUGGGCUUGGACGUGAAGCAGGAGCUGCACAAGAUCUGCUUGCACACCCAGGACAGGCACGUCAGGGAGCUCCUGGUGAAAGUCUUACAAGAAGAAAAUUACUUUUCUGAAAAAGAGAAGAAAAUGAUUGACUUUGUGCAUCAGGUUGAAAGCUUCUACUCAGAAUCCUUCCAGGAAAACAAAGAGACUCAGGCUCUUUCCAGAGCUCAAGAGCUGCAGUGCUGAGGUGCUCUGGAUGCACGCGACAGCCCAGCAUGACUGGCUGAGGAUUUGUUCCUGGAUUGAGGAGUCAGAGCCCAGCCAGGCUCCGUGUGGCAGCGCUGCCUGGCCCCCCCUGAGCCCUGACAUUGUGGACAGGAGCACUCUGUGCAGCCCCUACAUGAGACAGGACAUCCUCAACAAGCUGGCCAGAAAGGGAAUUUUUGUCCCUUCUGAGCUGGAAGAUUUUGAGCUGCUGCUCCAGAGGUUGUCGUGCCUGGGAGGAGUCCUGCAGAAUCCUCACCCUGUUCCAAAAUACAGCUCUGCCAGUGGCCUGGACUUCCACGCUCAGUUUGUCCUGCACUGCCUGGAGCACAGCCUGCAGUACCUGCUCUACACUUACCUGGACUAUUACAGUUUAACCCCUGCAAACUGCCCUGUCCUGGGUAACAAGGAGCUGCAGGAAGCACAUCCCUGGUUUGAGUUCCUGGUGCAGUGCAGAGGGGUUGCCAGCAAUCCCCGAGAUCCCAAGAUGAUUUUCCAGGCCAGCCUGGCCAACGCUCAGAUGCUGAUCCCCAGCAGCCAGGGGGGUGUGAGCAGCAUCCUGCUGGAGGGCAGGACCCUGCUGGCCCUGGCCACCACAGUCUAUGGGCCUGGGGGCAUUGACCAGGUCCUUCAGAAUGAAGAUACAGAAAAACCUCUGAAGAAAGUUGAUCCACAGCUCUUGAAGAUGGCCUUGACCCCUUACCCCAAGCUCAAGGCUGCUCUCUUUCCCUCCUGCACUGCUCAUGGGAUUUUGCCUCCUGACAUCUCUCUGUACCACCUCCUGCAGUCAUUAAUGCCCUUUGAUCCCACAAAAUUGUUUGGCUGGCAGUCAACAAACACUCUGGCUGUGUCAGAUGCCUGGAGCCAGCUGCCCCACUUCUCCAGCCCCGCGCUGGUGAGCAGGCACGCCGUGCAGGAGAGGCUGCAUUUCCUGUUCUACCUGCGCCACGGCCGGCCCGCCUUCGCCUUCGGCACCUUCCUGGGCCAGCAGCUGGCCAGGAGCAAAGCCCCCAGGCUGCUGAUGCAGCAGGCGGCUCGGGAGGCCCAGCUGCUGGCCCUGAGCUGCUCAGUGGAGAAGUUAACGAGGUUGGCUGACGGUGACAAGGCGGCAGCAGCAGCAGUCCUGACCUCCUUGGAAGAGGCUUUCUGGGAUAACAUUGAGCAGCAAGGCAUAAAGAGGACAUCCAGUGACUGCAGCCGGCAGUGGUCCCUGGUGGUGCAGUUCUGCAAGCUGCACAGCCUGGAGCUGAGCACGUCCUUCCUGAGGGAAUGUGCCAGAGCCAACGAGUGGCUGCAGUUCCUGAUCCAGAGCCAGCUCCACGGCCACCAGCCCGCCCAGGUCAUUCCCCUGCUGCAGGAUUUCCCUGCCGUGCUCCAGGAUCACCUGCAGCUGGCCCUGGGGAGGCUGCUGGGAGCUGGGGCCGCUGCUGCAGCCGGGGCCCGUGCAGGGAGCCUGUUCCACACCCUGCUAGAAAUAACAGGAGUUCUCCCCUGCACAAUCAGCAGUGGUGACAGAAUUCUCUCUCUGGCCACAGGGCAGAAGCAGGCUUGGAACCCUGCAGUGGAGAGCCAGGAGCUCCUGCAGCUUGCCAAGCUGUGCCAGGAUCACACCUUGGUUGGGAUGAAGUUGCUGGAUAAAAUCUCCUCUGUCCCCCGUGGGGAGCUGUCGUGCAUUACAGAGCUGCUGAUCCUGGCCCACAGCCUCUUCAGCCUGACGUGCCACAUGGAGGGCAUCACUCGGGUGCUGCAGGCGGCUCGGCUGCUCACCGAGGAGCACCUGGCGCCCAGGGAGGAGUACGGGCUGCUGAGGAGUCUCUUCAGGAUGUUCCAAAUUUAAAGAAGCUGCUGCUGAAAGCUGUGACUCUCUUCAUUGAUGCAGCAGAGAGUUACUCCAAGGACUCGUGUGUGCGGCAGGCGCUGCGCUGCCGCCGCCAGACGCGGCUCAUCACGCUGCAGCUGCACUUCCUGGGCUCAGGGCAGAGCACCAGGAUCAUCAACCUGGGCAGGCAGGAGCUGCCAGGAGCCAUCCUGGCCUUGCCCAGGUUCUACCAGGCAGCCAUCGUGGCCGAGGCCUACGAGUUCCUGCCGGACUGGGCUGAGGUUCUGUUCCAGCAGGUGAUCACCAGGGGGGACUUUGUGUACCUGGAGGAGUUCCGGCAGCAGCGGCCGCUGCGGCCCGGCCUCUUCGAGGAGGUGGCCAAGAAGGUCAAACAGCAGCACGCCCCUGCUGAUGCUGCCCUGCGGAACCUGAAGCGGUUCCUCAGCCACUGUGAGGACAUCUACACCUACUACAGGCUGGCCUACGACCACAAGUUCUACGACGUGGUGAACUCCCUGCUGAAGGACCCUCAGACUGGCUGCUGCCUCAACGACCUCUUAUCCAGCUGAAUCCCAGCCCGGAGCACAGGCUGCAGCUCACUGCUGAUUCACACUGAUUUAUCCAUGGCCUGCUCACAGGGCUCUGCUGCUCUGUAAAAAUUACUCCAGAAAACUGAACAAGGUUGUAAGUAGCUAAAUGCUGACUGUGUUAACCUAAAAUUGUGUUUUGUAUAAUAAAUCUUAUUGUUUAUAAAUUA